GGACCUUGAAUUCUGCCUGCCCCUCGUCAGAUGUUUGUCUGUGUUACAGAUCUCCCAGUUUGACCUUGCCUUGAAUCUUGUUUAGUAAACUGAACUUUCCUUGCAACUGUGACUGUCUCACUGCCGUUCUAUUGGGUUGUUGUCUGCCAUUUUGUGAAACCUGACACUCUCUCCGUCUACUUAAGAGCUCCACUGCAACGUUGUGUUGCCGUGAUGAUCUUAACGUUUUGAACGACUUAGAAGAAAGUUAUAAACUCCACUGACCGUGGUCCCUGCAGCAGGAGAUGCAACGGUGCAAUGAUAUAUAAAGACAUUUUCUUCCAGUGACAGUCAUCAGCUUGUUCUUCUCCUUGGUUUCAGCCAGUCAACACCUCAGCAAAGAUGGCAUCAGUCUUUCUGUUUGCUUUGUUGCUCUGUUUGUCCAGCGGACUGUUGACUGCAUAUGGUGCAGCUUCCUGGAGACAGUUUGGCUCUCGCUGUUUCGCUUUCUACAUCCAGGCAAAGACCUGGAUCGAUGCAGAGACCUUCUGCCAGACUGCUGGUGGGAAUCUGGCUUCCAUCCACUCAGCUGAGGAACAUAAAUUCCUCAAAGACUUAAUUUACCAAGAGACCGGUAUAGACACCAAUACCUGGAUCGGAGGAUUUGACUCAGUGCAGGAGGGUACGUGGAUGUGGACUGAUGGAUCCAAAUUCAACUACAAAAUCUUCAACGCGGGGCAGCCUGACAACGCCGAUGCCUUCACAGGGGAGAACUGUCUUGAGAUGAACUUCAAUGGAAAUAACUGGAACGACAGGACUUGUAGCACUCAAUUUUAUUUCGUCUGCUCCAAGAACCUGUGUGUGUAACUCUACCACACCAUCAUGAUGCCUCUCCAGCUCACCUAUAAUUUCUAUCAUUGAUUCACUUUCAGUUUGUUCAGCAGACAGAAACAGCUCUCUGCUGACAGAUGACUCACUUUCACUUUUAUCUGAUUUAUCUCUGAGUUAUUAUUUAGAUUUAUAGAAAUCAUGUGUGUACACAAAAUAUAAAGUUCCCUUGAGCAGACGUUAGCUUAGCAUAAAGACUGGAAACAGGGGGAAAAGGCAAGCUUAACUUAGCAUAAAGAUUGGAAACAGCUAGCCUGACUCCUUCCAAAGGUAAACCUGUCAGACAUGAGUGGUGAUGAUCUUUUUAUCCAAAAUGUCCAGAUAGAAAAUAAAAGUGUAUAUUUUGUCAGACCUUUCUGUGAUACAAGAGGAGAAUGCAACUGUAAUAACACUUCAUAAUAACUAAGAUACUAAUACUAAUACUAAGAUACUAAUCCAAA